AGUCUAAUCCUACCAAAACUGAUUCCAAAGCUGAGUCAGACGAGAACUGUUGAAUAGUUGUUGUCAUCUUCCUUGUUAUGCUUUUUCCAGCAUCGUGCAGGUUUGUCGUCAUGCCCUCAAAACCUGGCUAGCUUUGCAUCCAGACAUUCUGGCCCACCAGUUCUAGGGCCUGGGGCAUUGAUUGAGGCCAGACCAAACUCGCAGAUGGAUGUUUCUGGCCAAGAAGCAAAGAGUGAGCCACCUGCUGGAGCUGGUGUUCGAGUAGAGAUUGGUUUAGGAACCAUUGAGAAUGAGCAGGUGGAUGCCAUUGUAUCACUGAUGGUUGGCCAUGAUCCUGCCUCUACUCGCAUUGGAAAAAUUUUAAACAAUGUCACUGGUGGUCAGUUGGAAGUUAAGUUUUACCAGGAAGCAGGAGAAGCAACUCUUCCAAGUGAAACAGUUGUGGUUGAAGGGUUACCUGGUCUUAAAUGUAAAGCAGUCAUUUUCCUCAACUUACUCUGCUGGGAUGAUAACCAAAAUGGAUCAGCAGUCCAGGCACUUAGACAGGGGAUCAAAAGGAUUUUUGCUAUAUGUAAUAUCAGAGGCUACAGUUCAGUCACUCUUCCAGUGCUUGGAACUGGUGUUUUAUUGCGUUUUCCACCCAAAAUUACUUCCUUAAUUCUUCUGGAGGAAGUUGGUUUAUAUGGACAAAACCAGAUCAGCAGAUCAGGCUUCCUUGUUCGAGUCAUUAUUCACCCAAAGGACAAAGAAUCAAGUCAGGCAUUUUGGUCUGCUCAGGGGAUAUUGCUUCAAAGAGGAUUCAUUAACAAUAUUAUUCCGGAUCAAGGUACUUUUACCAAACCUUAUCUAUACAGGGCUUUAUUUGACCAAUAA